CUCUCUCUCUCUCUCAGCAAGAGAAGAACAUCCAAGCGAAGAAGGUGGGGAAGAGAAGAAACAAUGGCGGCGCAGCAGCUGCUGCUCCUCCUCCCACUCCCGCUACCUUCCAGAACCUUCUCGAAGCCCCUCCCCUCCCUUCCCAUUCCCCUCCCCGCCCUCCGCCUCUCCUCCUCCGCCUACGCCGCCCGCCGCCGCGACCUGCUCCGCUCGCUCCGCUGCGGGAUGAGGCGCUCAGACUUGGUGGCGGACCUGGAGCUUGCCAAGGACAAGCAGUGGCAGGGGAGGCGUCCCAAUGGCAUUUUCUGGAUCUUGCUGCUCAAUGUUGGAAUCUAUGUCGCUGACCACUUGUUCCAGAUUGAACAUAUAAAGGCAAUGUACUUGUACCAUGCUUUCCCUAGUUGGUUUCAGUUUGUGACAUCAACAUUUUGCCAUGCGAACUGGAAUCAUCUUUCAAGCAAUCUAUUCUUUGUAUACAUUUUUGGAAAGCUAGUUGAGGAGGAAGAAGGUAGUUUUGCAUUGUGGAUGUCUUACAUUUUGACUGGUGCUGGAUCAAACUUAAUUUCAUGGUUGGUUCUUCCAACAUCUUCCGUGUCACUUGGAGCAUCUGGUGCUGUUUUUGGCCUUUUCACAAUCAGUGUUCUAGUGAAGAUGUCAUGGGACUGGAGAAAGAUUCUUGAGGUCCUUAUCCUUGGUCAAUUUGUUGUUGACAAGGUCAUGGAAGCCGCACGGGCAACUACUGUUACAGGGCACUCGCUGCAAGUAAACAAUAUUGCCCAUCUAUCUGGUGCUUUGAUCGGUGCUGCAUUAGUGUUCCUGAUAAAUCGUAUCCCUUUUCCAUCUGAUGGUGAUAGUUCAAAAUCUUCAAAGGAUACCAGAGAAAAAAGAAGCUAAUUUAUUCUCCAUUGUCCAAAUUAAAACGGCCACUCUAACAAAAUUAACCCAAUGCAUUUUACUUUCCUUGAUAGUUCUUUGUGUGCAAAGUCAGCUUAGUUCUGGUUUCUAUUUGAAAAGAAGUCCUAUGGAAGCUUAAGUUCCACUUACGAUACCUCGGAAUCAUUUCAAGGGCUAAGUGUACUGCUGUUCCCAAAAGGAAUAAAAGAAAUAAAGAUUAUCACUUUCUUGUGUCCGAGAAAUUAUGUAGUGAGGCUUCCAGCCGUUAUCAGACAGGACAUUUUGAUUUGGCAUUGUGUCCAGUGAAUCUCAUAGCUGGAGAGAAUCACAUCCCUUUGCAUGGACUACUGUUCUGUAUAUGUCUUGGUUUGCAGUCCAGAAUUAUGAUCUGUAUAAGAUUAAGAAUAUUAGCUCUUGCUGUACUUCUUCUCAAGGAAAUAAAAGAGCAAAUUUCACAAAA